AUGGAACCGGAAGAAUGUGCAGCAUUUAGAAAUGCUAUUGAAAACAAGAAAAAUAGGCAUGCUCCUCAAUAAGAAGAGCUUCCAAUUUCAAAUAAUCAAAAGAAAUUUAAUUAUCUCUACAUGACUAAUACAACAUUAUACAUGAAACAAUAAAACUUGAAUGAGCAGCAAGUACAUAUUAAAAAGAAGAAUCUCAGAAUAUUGAUGAUAUUUUUAUGCGCCUCAGUUAAUUUCGGAAAGUAUUUAUUUUAUAUAUCAACUAAAAUUUAUAGUGCUUUUACAGGUAACUCAAUGCCACCCCUCUAGAGAGAAAUUCAAUAAUAAAUGGGAAUUAUUGAUUCAGAUUUCAAUCUAAUAAUUUGCAUCAGAAAUUUACCAAAUUUGAUAGUACCCUUUGUACUUGCCAAUUUUAUUGAGAAAUAUGGAAUGAAAAAAACUCUAAUAAGUUUGUCCAUUAUGUGUUCUCUCGGAUAGCUUUUACAAACACUAGGGUUAACAUACAUGAAUUUUUAUCUCUGCGCGAUUGGAAGGAUCAUUUUCGGUUUUAGAUCUUUGAUAAGUGCAUAUUAUGUUACUACUAUUCAUGAGGCUGUUAUAGAAAAUAAUCUAAAGGAUAGAGCAAAAGAAAAGGAAAAGGAGGAGUAAGAGUUAAUAAAAUCUAAGAAUACUGAGAAAUAAAUAGAUUUAGAUCAAGAUGUGAGACAAGAUUUAAAUCAGGUUAAAAAGGGAGAGCUUCCCUAUGAGUACUUCUUAUUAUGCAUUGUAUAUUCGUUCGGAUUUUGUUGUGUACACUCAUUCUAUCACAACAUGAGCAAUUUGUUACAAUCUAGGUUUGGAUUCAAUAAUGAAGAUGCUGGACAUAUUUCAUCUCUUCCUUAUAUCAUAGCUGCUUUCUCAACUCCAAUACUAGGUAUGAUAUUUUCAAGAUUUGGUGAAAGGCACUAUGACAAAGUUAUCUUAUCUGCAACUUUCACCCUUCUUAUUGUACACUCUACUAUUUUAUACAUACCUGAUGCCUUGCCAGGAUAACCACCUCAAUACUUGGUCAUUGCCCCAAUUGCUUUGUUUGGAUUAGGUCAUGCCCUAUUUCUUGCUAAAGCAUUUUCAUAUAUGAAAAUCAGUGAAAAUAUUGGGACAAUGCUAAUGACAUACACAACUGGAAUAAUAAGAGUUAGAACAAAUAGCUUUCACGCGGUUAAUGCUUUAUUUACGACUAUGGCCGUAAUUGUGAACAUUGCAGCUCUAGUCUACUAUAGAGCAGUUCAAAUCAAAUUCAAUCAAGAUGAUCUUAAACAAUAAAAGGAGGGGAAGGACAUUUUUUAUGAUCAGAUCAAUUAAUUUGAUGAUUCGAUUGUAAAGAGUGACUAAGGACAACCAGAACAUAGAGGAUAGAAAAAUGGUGAUACAUCAAAUGAUUAAUCAACUACAAUAGGUGAGGACGAAGAUGAUUUAUUUAUCGAGGAGAACGCUUAGAUUAACUUAAAAUGA